AUGGUUCAUGCUAAGAGCUGGACCCUGAGGAAGCACUUUGUAGGCCACCCUACUAAUAGUGACUUUGAACUGAAGACAGUCGAACUCCCACCCUUAAAAAAUAGAGAGGUCCUGCUGGAAGCUUUGUUCUUCACCGUGGAUCCUUAUAUGAGGGUAGCCUCUGAAGAAGAGAAGAGGCUGGUGAAAGGGGUUUCCCGUGUCUGAAUGUGCUCUUUCAGGGUUGUGGAAAGUAAAAACUCAGCCUUCCCAAUAGGAACUACUGUAGUGGCUCCUUCCGGCUGGACGGCGCGCUCCAUUUCUGAUGGGAAAAACCUGGAAAAGCUGCUUGCAGAGUGGCCGGACACGUUACCACUGUCUUUGGUUCUGGGAACGGUUGGCAUGCCCAGCCUAACAGCCUACUCUGACCUGCUUGACAUCUGUGGUAUGCCGGGUGGAGAAACGGUGCUGGUUAACGUGGCCGCAGGAGCAGUGGGCUCCGUUGUGGGGCAGAUCGCUAAGCUCAAGGGCUGCAAAGUUGUUGGAGCAGCAGGGUCUGACAAAAGGGUUGCCUGCCUUGAAAAGUAUGGAUUUGAUGUUGCCUUUAACUACAAAACAGUAAAGUCUCUGGAAGAAACUUUGCAAAAAGCCUCUCCUGAGGGUUAUGAUUGUGAUUUUGAUAAUGUGGGUGUAGAGUUUUCCAACGUUGUUAUCCCCCAGAUUAAGAAAUUUGGAAGACUUGCUAUUGCUAUACGUGGGCCCAUCUCUACAUAUAACAGAACCGGCCCCCUUCCCCCAGGGAAUGAGCUCACACACAUGAUCACAGGUGUAGAAAGACGGGACAAGGAGGAGAUUCACAGAUAUGGUGUAGGCCAGUGACUAUCAAAGUAUUUAAAAGAUUUCCUAAUAUUUUUGAUACAGGGUAAAAUCCAGUACCAUGAAGACAUCACUGAAGGAUUUGAAAACAUGCCAGCUGCAUUUAUGGGAAUGCUGAAAAGGAGAGAAUUUGGGGAAGCCAUAGUGAAAGCAUGA